GGAGCGAUGUGAAGGGUGGCGGGUGCAGCUACGAGUCGGGAGCCGCAGUGUUUGUCAGUCCUUCGUAUGGACAUCACGUUCGACGAGACUGAUAGUACCCGCCGGUAUUGGCAUCCGUAUAUAAGCCGUAUAACGCUUUUGGCGGCAUCCAUCAUCGUCGAUAGCCACUAACGUCGAUCGCGCGUCAAUUUCAUCCCGUAGAUGAACCCGCGGUUGCGGCACGCGCCCCCGCGAUCUCCGAUAUCGUCGUCUCGCGCGUCUCGUCAUUCUGUCCACGAGCGGGAGGACUGCGCCGCGAGGUCUAUACGGAGAGUGGACGAGAUGUGAAGACGUCGUCUUGGAAGCAAUGUGGCUUCCGUUGGUGCUGCUCGCCUUGAUGGCGAGCGGUUCCGCCUGUCCGGAUCUCUGCGAGUGUCAUCAGAAUGACGCGGAGAAAAACGACGCGUUGGCUUUGCUGGACGUGACGUGUCGCGGACGCGUACCCGGUCUAUCGGAGUUACCCGCGGUAGUGAGAAGUUUGUCGGUGGACAGCGUCAAGGGACCGGGCGUUGAUGUCCUCCUCGACGAGCUGGAAGCCGCCGACUUGGUGAACGAUCUCGGGAUGAACGGUGCUUCGGAUAAUCUCAAGACAAACGACACGUCGGAAACGAACGAUACGUUGUCGUCGGAGGAGCCGAUGGGCACAACAGAGGUUCUACCGUAUCUGGUCGAGUUCACGGUGACAAAUUGUUCGUUGGUGUCGUUGAACGCGUCGUGGCACGGUCUCGAGCGCUUGAAGUCGUUAAAUCUGUCGUGCAACAACUUGCCGCGAGUAAGGGACGUGCUGGUGAUCCGCGCGAUGAAUCUAAGCGAGUUGGCGUGCCUAGAUUUGUCGGACAAUUCGUUAUCGAACAUCAGUGUCGGUUCUUUUAGGACGCUCGUCGGGCUCGUGCGACUGAGUUUACGUAAGAACGUGAUCGGCACGGUGGACGAGGGCGCGUUUCGCGGUCUCGAUCGAUUGGAAUUUCUCGAUCUAUCGGACAACAGGUUGGCGGACUUGCCAGAUAGCGCGCUCACGCCGCUGUACUCCUUGCAGAAACUCGAUCUGAGCGGUAACCAGCUGCAAGUCCUAGGCGCCAGGUGGUUCGAAAGUCUCGACAGAUUGAGGGAACUCGACGUUUCGCGAAAUGGAUUGGCUAGGGCAGCCUCGGGAACUUUGCAACCGUUACCGGGGCUAUCUAUUCUAAGGUUAGCGGAAAAUCCGCUAAAAGAGAGAGACGUCUCUCUACUAUUGGGCACCGGAAGAAGAUUAGAGACGGUGGAUGCGUCUCGUAUUGGACUAGCGCGAGUUCCAGCCGCUUUGACGAGAUCGGUCAGGGCACUCAGGCUCGCUGGUAACAGAUUGACUACCAUUCGCAGCGGUGACUUAGAUAGCUAUCCUCUGUUGCGUAUGUUGGAUAUCGCCGAUAACCGUUUGAAGUAUAUCGAGAACGACGCUCUGGGAAGGCUAGAGGUUUUGGAAGAGCUCGAUCUAUCUGGAAAUGCACUUUCAAAAGUACCGGGUAGUUUACCGAGCAGUCUCGUGACGCUUAAGUUGCAUCGAAAUGCGAUAACCGCAUUGAAACUCGACGAUCUCAAUGGUCUGUACAAUCUGCGAUCGUUAAUAUUGAACGAUAAUGCCAUCAAUGAGAUCGACGUGGGCGCGCUCGGUCAACUGCCUUUGCUCGCCGAGCUGGAUCUAUCCAAUAAUCCUAUCAAAGCGCUAUCAACUAAUACUCUAAGUGGACCGAGUAAUCUGACGAAGCUCCGAAUGUCAGGUCUAACAUCGCUUCAACGACAUCAGGAAGAACAAAGCGACAUGGCGUUUCCGGUGCCAACUCCGGAGCAUUUGGUAAUGUUAGAUGUGUCGCGUAGUCCGGUUCUCGCGGGACAGUUACUGGCGGAUGAUGCCGCAUUGUCCGCCUGCAAGAGCCUCAUAGAGCUAAAUCUCUCGGCGACCAACGUCAGCACCAUCAGAUCCGACGUCGCGUACAUGUUGCCGCAGCUGCGCGUACUUAGGCUCGAGAAGAACAUUUGGAACUGCACGGAGGAUCUUUACUGGCUGGGCGAGUGGAUCAGACAGCACCGCGAACCGAAUCAACAGUACCAAACAGCGCGAUGUUCUAAUCCACGGAAAUUGGCGGGAUUAUUUUUGCACAAGUUACCGCCGCCGUCAAAUUUCGUUUCGACAACCGCGGGAAUCGUCACGACAACGACGACAAGCACCUCGGUUACCCUAUCUGUCGUCUUCACGCUCGAACAUACGUCGAAUACUGAUCAGCCAAACGUCACGGUGUCUUCCAAUAUCGAAGAUACGAAUUCCGACGGCAACGUCACGGAUUUUCUCACGCUAUCUUCCGUAAACGCGAAAACCGAAUCGAAAAUGGUGGCUGACUCGGAUUUCCUCUCCGCCGCGAAAAUCGUCACCGCAACGACAGAGCCGAAAAAAAUACUGCGAGUCUACAAGGCGCCGACGUCCUUCCGUAACGUAACGUCGUCAAUCACGUCGUCGACGCGGACGAGCGGGGAUCGAAAGAGCGAUAAAACAAAUCGUAUCUCAAUGGAUCAGAAUUUAAUCAAGCACAUCGUCGUUCCGACCUCUCAAGCACCGAGCGACCCCAAGCAAUCCAUUAUGAGAAUGGAAGACGCGGAGUCGCGUUCGCAAACUUUCGAUAACCGGUCCGACGGUGGGGCGCGAAAAAACGGCACGAUGAGCAAAGUUGCCGCGUCAGGCGUCGGCGAGAUCUUCUCGUCGAAAUCUUCGAACGUGGAGAGGAAAACGAUCGAGAAGCACUCGGACAGCAUGAGCAAUGCGACCAAGGCAAACGUGGUGUUGGAUGAGCGCGACUCGAAGACGAUAGCGGAAGAAUUGAACAGUCGAGCGACCGAUUCCGGUGCUAGAGUGUCGGAGGCUUUGUCCGCCGGCGCCCAUCCCGGAAUGUUGGUGUUAGUCGGCGCGGCCCUCGGCGCCGUCGCGGCGCUGACUGUUGUACUCUCACGAAGGGCCACGGUGCAUCGGACGGACAGGUAUCAUCGUCACGAGAACAUCGAGGUGCACACUCUCACGCCUACUGCAGAGCUUUGGUGACCAGAGUCGGAGCAUGUCUGUCUAUUCGAGAGAGACAGGCGACUGGACAUCGAGAAUCACGAUCGAGAAGCGUCGACGUUGCCUCAACAAUCAACGAGCCCACGGCUGAUCGAUGUAUGUUUGAGGAAGAUUCUCAAGUAGCCCGCAGUAUCGACGAUCGGAAGCGUGCAUCCUAUUAUUACGACAAGAUCUAAGUGGAUCUGUCGAGGAGAGGUACGAUAACUGAAGUGUUAAUCAGAAAGUUGGAAGGAUUCUCCUGACUGAGGAAACCACGGGGAAAGGACGAGCGACUAAACGUCGAAGUUGGGAACGAGAUAUUCCGAGCUAAUCCGUAUCGCUUCGGAAACCGCCAAUACGUCGCGGAUUACGGCGAGGAGCAAUAUCGGAGAAAGUAAGAAAUUAUUCGGACGUGACUUAAAACCUCUGCAAUCCAAAAACAACACACGAAAGAAGGACAACUGUCGUGAGACUGUCGUGACUACCGAAGAUUUGCAGUGCAGUAAUUAAUGACAGAUGUUCACAUAAAUUCGAACAGAUCUAAAAUCCACAACAGAUAAUAUAAACAAGUGUUACUUAUAAAAUCAAUCUUUGUAAUCACGUAUCUGGCUUAUAGAGUUCUUUGAAAGUCGCGUGUGGCUCAAUAUGUAAAGUCAUCCAGAUGUCGAUAUCGAUAUAGUACCUAUCUCGAUGGAAAGAAUACCCGACGUCGACACUGUUCAAACUCCAUCAACGGAGGAGAUGCAGACGUCAAGUACUGUAACCAAGACGUUAAAAGCACGGGCGAGAAUCACCGCGUUAUUUCAUAUAAAUUCUGACAUAUACAAACACAUCCGUGUGCUGCACAUGUCGUCCGUCGGGAAAUACUGGACGCGCACGACGAACGAAAAACUCGGGCAAAAACCUGCGGGCGAAAAAUUCGGCACUAUUUCGAUAUACAUCGCGGUGGAUCGGUAUCGCGCGAAACCUCUAUGUCCUUCGUAAUAAAUGCCAAUUGUAAAAGAGAAGGUAUGAGCGAAAGCUAUAUGUACAGAGUUAUUCGCGUGAGAGAACUCUAAACCCGUCAAAACCUUCGUUAGUGUUUGAUGUCUUCUGAUUUCGGUAUCGCGUGUACGCAGGCAUCGCAGACGUGUCAUAAUCGAGUGGCAAUAACCACAAUAAGCGGGUUUAACGAUUUAGCUGAUUGGCUUGGAGUCAGACCGAUAAAUUGGACACAGUGACAAUAAUAAUGGUUACACGCCGCGUCUCAAGAGCUUGACUCUUCGCGGUACGCUCAAUUCCUGAGGAGACUAUAUUGUGACUGAAAUGAAGUGCGAGUGUAUUAAAGUAGGAAGCGAGCAUAAGGCUAGCGAAAGGUAGAAAAACGUGGACGUGGUAGAGAUGCAGGUAGGGCAACGCCAAAAUGCAGAAUGUAGGAGAUGAAAAAUUCGCGGUGGCAAAUAGUAUGCUUGAAUAAUAAAACCAGACGGAAAGCCAGAGAGAGUGCUAGACGGAAGAAUUUUUAUCGAACGGCGUGUGUGUG